GUGGCGCUCCAGCAUCGGGCGGAGGAGGAGGAUAAGGAAGAGGACGAGGAGGAAAGGGAAAACCGCUGCCAAUAAGUAAAGGAGACGAGGAAAGCUCGUUCGGAACCGGAAAGCGCUGCGAGCCUCCUUCUCAGUGCUGCGGCGCCGCCUCUCCAAACCAGCUGAUCUCUGGGCUCCCUGCGUGGUGCGGCCGCGCGUGUACUGAGGUGGCUCUUCGCUCCACGUUCGCCCCCAUACCACGUGACGGUUUGGAUACGCUCGCGUACAAGCCGCGUUACGGCGCUCUUUUUCUCCUCUUCUGUGACGUCACAAGUAUCAGAGCUGUCUCUUCCGUCUGUGCGUGUGUGUGUGCGUGGGGUGGUGCGCGGUCUACGGUGCGGUGCUUGCGUGCUUCGCGCGUGAAUUCGACUUCAAGAGGAUACGUCCGAUACCUUGAAGCGUGGUGUGUGGAUAACCCCCGGUGUUACCUACUUGACGUCAUUUCCUUAGUGUGUUUUUCGUUUGUUUGUUUUUCACCCAGAAACCGGCAACCUUACUCGAAGAAGGGAGAUUAUCGGAGUGCACUGUUCUCUAUUAGAUUAAGCGCGCUCAUUCAGAAGCCGGUAAUUUUAUUCAAAGCCGGAAGAUUACCGGAAGACACUGCUUACAACGGAUUAGGCACGCUCAUCUUUCAAGAUUUUACGCAGCAGUAGUCCUGGAAUAUUUUUCCGCAGUUGCUCACACAUUCUACGUCGCUCCUGCAUGGUAGUGCGCUCUUUCAAUGCGACGCGUGUGGUAAGAAACGGCUAACGUAUUUUAUUUGACAUAUUGAGUUACAAAAUGAAACUGUGAGAAAAAUUCACGAGGCUUCAGUAUGCUUCACUUAGAGCGGAAAAACUGAUAUUGAGGUUGCGGGCUGCAAUGAUCGCGAUUUCGUGAGAUCCUGGAAGUUGCACAAAUAGGAAGAGCCAAAGAACUUAAUUAGAUGUACCUGUAAGUAGCUGUAGAUUGCCAUCUUAAGAAAGCUUAUGUUCAAAGUUAAAAGUUUGUUACUGAAGUAACAAAGACCGUACCUUACCUUUGAAAACUUCACGACACGUAGAAGAACGAACAUUUUCUACGAUUGAUGUGGACAGCUAUGAGAAAAUUCGUAUUUGAUGGCAUCUGUUGAUGCAUCCACUGGUUCAUUUAUCAUAAUUAGUUAUCUAUCGAAUAAGCAAACACGAAAUGAGAUGUCUAGUUUAAGUGAAGGACCCAGGCCAGAAUUACUGCAGCCGAAUCACUGCCACUGAAGCUCAGUACGUUAGCCAAUCAAAAAUAGUAGAAAACAUGUUUAGCUUGUAGUGCUAGGUUCUUAUAGCUCCUGCGGGUGUAUGAAAGGUCUUCCUAUGCUGAUGAAGUCUCAGUUCCCGCGGUUAGACAACAGAUAGCCCAGGGAGAUAUUCCAGGCGACCGCUUUAGUCCCUCCCCAGACCGAAGAUGAUUGACUGCCGGACUGGCAGUGAAAAGACAAUCACAUUAAUGCUAUGGCAUUUCACUCAACCGUCUCCUGUCACUAUCGACAUCAACAGAAAAGACACGUCUGAAGCUUGCCUCUCCAAGACGAUCGACACUGCCGAUAACUUCUUGCGAUCGAGUUUCGAUUUAUAUGUGCGACGAGGUGCAUUUGAACCGAAGAUCAACGUUAGGCACAAAGCACAAUACAUUAAGCACUUCAUUGUGGAUACAUAUUGAAAGGUGUGCUUAACAAAACUCGCAGCUGUCUAUCAUUAAAUUUGCUGCAUGAAUUUGCGUAGCAGAUAGCUGUUGCAACUUCAUUAAAGAACAGAUAUUUCUGCAUAGAUUGAGGUAGAUUCAGAAGACCAAUUUAGCAACAGAAUAUUCUAAAAGAAUCUUACAAUCUGUAUUCAAGUAAUCUUUAGUCGAGUACUAUCUAGCUUGUUACUACCUAGUAAACGAUCCUUUAUUAGUAAGUGUAAUCUAGUCAGCAUUGUCUGUCACAUUUAAAUCUCUUCUGGAAAACAGCCACUGCAUGCUCAUUAGAAAAGUCAUCAACUACGAAUGCAAAUAUAUCGCAUCAGUGAAAGCUCUUCGCUGCACUUUGCCGUCAUUUUGGUCAAGCAUACUCUCUUCAGUUCAUGUUUAUGCAUAGCUUUACUCAUUGAAGUUGUUGGUGAUGGCGCGUAAUGCCUACGUGAUACCUCAAGGUCAAUGAUACUUCAAGGUCACGUAGGCACCUCCAGAUAUCAAGGUCAAUUAGGUACAUCAAGGUUACUAGAAGGUGAGUUACGUUUCUAUAAUUUGACAAGAGAAACGUGAUUUCAGUUCUCGUAAUUAACAGUUUCAAAUAUGUUGCGAAGCAUCGCCGGUGGACUUCGCUCGCGCAGUUAACGUUCUUAACUAGUUCGUUAGGUAGUUAGUUAAUGUGAGCACAUCAAUUAUGAACACCAAAUCUCAUGGAUAAAAUCAUUUCAAAUCACUGCAAUAAAAGUUGCAUAGUUCGUUUACACAUGCGUACAAAAGUGACAAGAGAGGUAUGGGAACGAAAUACAUUGAAUCUUUCUUAACGAUUGAAGUUGCUUUCGCUGAAGACGUUCUACUUUCUUGAGAUUUUUUUGUUUCAACAUGUGCGUUUGCAAAGACGCACGGAGUCUUCGGAACAGGAUUAUCUGAGCAGGAGCAAAACAUUUCCGCAUCUUCGUGAGCUAAGCAAUACUGUAUUUCCAAGCUCUACCUGCAAACACGAAAUCUCGAGGUCUUGCUUAAGAAGAAGCAAGCUUUGGAAAAGUCUUAUGGUCUGUGGUCCUACGUUGUAAGAGAUGCACCGGCCUAAUCCGUAGUGCAGUUUUCCACUUCGAAUUGCUGAAAUAAUGGCACAUCUAAAAUACCGUUAUUUGUCAGUAAUUGAGUAGCAUAACAAACUUGAAUCAAAUCCUGUACAAGAAAUCGGGAAACGUUCCCGAUAAGCAGCUGUAAACCGUGAGUAGUCUGCAAACGGUUUACUAAAUAUGCGCGACUAGACGAUGGAACCUACGAUUUCUUCUUAAAAUGCCCGCUGAUUAUUUUUGACGAUUAGGUGCUUUAACGCACCAACUGGAGACGUUCCUGUCAGAAUCGUAGAAAAACAAUGACCGGCAUAACACUGGUUCAAGGCGGAGGUUAGGUGAAGAAAACUAGAUCACGAUCUAUAUGGCAACUACGUCAGCGCUGCAAUGAAUAUGACAGCGCUUUCAAUCAAUUAAUAUUUGUUCCUUGAAGGGGCAGAAGGGCUGUGCAUAGUCCAAACUUCUGCGAAGCACAUUCUUUCGACCGUAGUACCCAACCAGUGAUUCGUUCCACCGAGACCUUGGUCAUUGAGUGUUUUGGAAUUAAAAGUAAUUCGAAACGUCCUCAUUUUAAAACCUUUGCAGUGAGGCAGCCGCUCUAAUGACAUGCUGAUGCGCGCAGUCCGCUUACCACGUUCUGCAACACUUAGCUAUUAAAGAGUGCGGCGUGAUUUAAGCUGUCUUCAAUGCAUAGCAGCGCAAACGUUCUUUCUGCUGCGUAGUCUACGCCUGUCUUGCUCUAAAGCAAUGAAUGGUUCAAGGUCACUGAAUGUGACACAUUCCAGAGUAGACAACACUGUGAACGACGUUCUGCUGUGCUGUACAGGUUUACAUUGCAUACUGCUACCUCGAGCGGUUCAAGACCUCCGAGUGCAAAACAUUUCAGAGUCUACAUGAACGCGAACGGACUCCUAUUGUGUAGUCAACGUUCACAGCGUACUAGAGCGAAAAAGCGAAGCGAAAUGAUCAACAAGAGGCAAAUUCGCGCGAGCAACGUGUAGUGUUAAACUAUAGAAUAUAAACUAUUCACUAGCACUCGUAGAUGUGCGAACUAUGGCCAGGAAUACGUAGUUACAUGAUGGCUUAUUUAGUUUGUCGUUGAUGCCGACGUACGUGUUAAGGGGUCCCUGAAGAACUGUAGUCCAACAGCGCAACGUGAUAUUGCACUACAGGUUUCGCACGACUCGACUACCACACGUAGACUUGUAAAGUGUGGGCCAGGAAUACGUGGGCACAUGAUGGUAAGCUCUGUUUUUUGUAGAUGACGCCGUCCGUGCAAGAGGGCUCCGAAGACCUGUACUCUAGAGACGUGUUACUGUAGUCUAGAGACGUGUUAGUCUGUAGACGUGUUACUGAGCUACAGGUUUUGAAAGCUUCAAAGACCACACGCCGAUGUGUGAAGUAUGGCCAGGGAUACGUUGGGAUACGAGAGCUGGCUUAGCUUUUCGUCCAUGACGACGCCGUCCGUGGCGGAAGACCUCCGAGACCUGCGACGACCUGCGACGGUGACGUACCGGUGUCGUACUGCUGUAUGAAGCGGCAGCUGCCUCGCCGCCAGGGCGGCUGUUGUCGACGUCUGCUGCGACUUCGCGAGGAGAACGCCCGUUUCGUGCUUCUGGCCGUUGUGCUACUCGCGUACAUGAUCCUAGGCGCCCUACUCUUCAGAGCCAUAGAGGGACCCUGGGAGGUGGAGGCCCGCGAGCGCUACGACCAGGUCCUGCGAGACUUUUGGCUCAAGUACAACGGCACGGUGGACCCCCAAGACGUGGUCAGGCUCCUCGAAGAGCACGCCAACGCCUCGUCCCGGAACUUGCUUCCGAACAAGAGGCCCCGUUGGGACUUUGUCGGAUCCUUCUACUUCGUCGGCACUGUGGUGUCUACGAUAGGCUUCGGCAUGACCACGCCGUGCACGUGGGCGGGCCGCAGCCUGGUGCUGGCGUACGGCUUCCUGGGCUGCUCGGGAGCCAUUCUAUUCUUCAACCUGUUCCUGGAGCGAAUCAUCACUCUACUCGCGUGUCUGCUCAAGGCUCUGCACGAGCGAGAGCUGCGAAGGCGAGGGCUGCUCGACCGGAGAGACUCUCAGUUAUCGUUCGACGACCGUUUGGACGACUGGAAGCCCUCGGUGUACUGGGUCAUGCUAUGCCUGUUCUUGGCCACCGCGGUGCUCUCGGCCUCGGCGUCGGUGCUCUACGCUCGCACCGAGCAGUGGGGCUACCUCGAGUCGUUCUACUUCUGCUUCGUCGCCUUCUCGACGAUCGGCUUCGGAGACCUGGUGCCCGGACAGAAGCUCUCGUUCAGGACGCCCUCCGCCGCGCCGAACGUCACCACCGAAGACGACGAUGACGUGUCCAGCGAACCCGAGGCCUCCGACGCCACGGGACUUCUGGAGCUGCAGGUGACGAGCUGGUACCACGUGGCUAACUUCCUAAUCUUAUCAGCGGGCUGCUGCUGCAUCUACAGCCUCUUCAACGUCACCUCCAUCGUCAUCAAGCAAUUCCUCAAUUGGCUCAUCCGCAGGCUCGACUGCUCCUGCAGGUUCAGGCGCAGGACGGGGCAGAAGCCCACUAGGUAUCGGCGCAACGCCCUGACUCCAGCCCAACUUCGCGUGCAAGCCAAAGCCGCGGCCAGAAGCGGCGUCAAGUCGUCACGGAGAUCGUCCGGCAAGGCGGCUAACGACACGACUGCGGCCGCGGACUCCGACUCGGACGCCGACUCAACGUACGACUCGGACAACGAGCGAGGUCACACCGGCGAGCUGAUCUGCAUGUCGGACCUUCUCAGGGCAAACAAGGUCUCCCUUGCCAUCAUGCAGAAGCAGCUGUACGAGACGGCACAGCGGGGCGGAGCUCCCAUGCUGCUGCCACCAAGGGCUCUGCAGGAUAAAGACGCAUUCAAGCCCGGCUCGGUCGGUCCUUUGGCCAUAGUGUCCCAAAAGUUCGGCGACGGAAACGUGUGACUACAACGAAAGAAACACGGUAUCAUUGCCACAGAAAAAGAACGCCACCCUGGCUACUAAAGGAGAACACUCUCAAGCAUGUCGUAGUUGGUGCAAUGGCCACUGCGUCCUGUAUUUCUCCAGGAAUCGCAAACGUUUCAUUAGAAUAACUAGCGAUGUCCUCCUCGCUGCCCAAACGUUGGGAGGCAAAGAACCUUCCGAGACUGUGCUCUGGCCGUAGCGUGUGGGACGUUCCGGAUAUCGCCAUGCUUGACCGGAAUGACUACAGUUCCUUUGUCAUCGGGAUGCGUCGCACGUAGUUGCAAGACUAAGGAAUCAUUAAAGCUGUGCAAGUCGGCCCGCAGGCCACAGGACGCGAAAUAAUGGCGCGACCAGAAUCCCAAGGAAUGGCGUUCUUCCACAAUUUCCGCUACAAUCUGGCUACAAGAUAAAUCCACGAUCAAGCCUCCGGCAGGUGGUUCGGUGACCAGAGUGUCCUAAGACGUUUGACAACGACCACGCAGUAGUAAAAUCACCAGAGAUGCCAUCUUCCUUGCCACAGUGAGGAAAAUACGCGGGCAAGACUAACCUCUGGCCGUAGCGCACAGAACGUGUAAAGGUGGCCGCGCAUGAGCACAAUGAUCAAAUCGGCGCAGGGACGACGACACUUCGUACAUAGUCCUUGAACUAAGGACACAGUAAAGCCCUGUCUACGGCCAUACAGCCAUAGUCUGCCAAGCAUUUUGUGAAAACAAUGUACAGUCGACGUCGCCAUCUUUGUCACUAUAUUGCUGAAAGACAAGGACACACUCAAAUGGGCGUUUUGAUUACUGUGCACAAAAGGCUUGUUAAGGUCCACUGAUAAUCAGACUGAUCAAAGGUGCUACAAUUGGCACCAAGAAACGCUCUUUCGAGUUGAGAGGAGACAGAUUCAUCUCAGGCGAAUACUACGUGACUGCGAAAUAUUCCAGCGUUGUUGGACCCAGUCGCAUUUCAGCAGGACGAUCUGAGAUGCUACAUACUUCGUUAUAAGAAGUCACACCUGGUCUUCGGAUUAAGACCACGUAAAGGUCUUUCAACUGGCCCUGAGGGUAUGUGACUCAAGCGUUCGGUUACGGCAGUCUAUGGAAAGAAUCCUGGCAUCUGCGAACAGUGCACGCCCGAUAGUUCAUGAACAGCGAACAGCGAACAGCGAACAUUUUGAGGUCUGUUCUCUGAUUAUGGUGUCCUAAAUGUAGGGCGAGUGCUUCGUCUGACCAGAGUGACCACCGACAUUAACAUCUGCACCGCUACACGCUGCAAAUAUAAAGCAUCAUGAACGACCAAGGUACGUUCAAGUGGGAUGAAUCGGAUGUCCUUGCCAUGGUCUCCCAGACUUUUUGGUGAUUGUUAGACAUGGUAACAACGACUGAAUACGGUGUGGUGGGUAGCUCUCAGCAGGAGAGAGCUAUAGUUGAACAACAGCCGCAUGAAAGUUGGUGCAACCAUUCCUCGGGACAUUAUGUUUCUUCUGGACAUAGUGUAUCUUCGUCACCGGUGGACGUACCGCGUUAUUCGAGGACGAGGCCACGCUCAAGCUAGGCUCAUGCUCUUCGCUGGGAAUAUUGUUCGAGAAGUUUGGUGAUUGUCACAUACCAUAACAAUAUCCAGAGGUACUAUGGUUUCAACUUACUGAUGUUCUACGUAACUGUCAUUUGGGCAACUCACUGACGUGAGAAAUCGAGGACUGGUUGUACACACUGGCCCGAUUACUGUCUCCGGCUUGCCAGGUGCCCCACAAGCAUUGUCAGAAGUCAUAGUCCCGCGUGAUUUAUGCAAUCAGUUUCGUGUUUUAGCAGAGUUUAGACAUUCUUCUCCAGGCAUUGUUAGAAGCAGGACAUAUUUGAGAGUCUAUCGAUAACGAUCUGGUAGCGCCUACAGAAGGAAGGCUACAGGUGUCACCAAGUUAGCUUGGUCGUAAGUGAUGAUGUAACAAAAAGAACGCUGCCAGUUUCUGCACUUUCUCAAAAAAACAGACAAGUUGGCAACAGUCCCACGAGCUUUUCGGUGCGCUUUUUUUUUAUAACAGCGCCACCCCGAGACACCAAUGAGAUCGCCCUACAGGUAGUAACUCGCAGCGAGAAAAGCUUCUAUGCCGCACCUCUUGUAGUCUCAACAUCAGAUGAUACGAAAGUUUACAGAAGCAUGCUUGGCACGGACUACUCGUGGUAUGAUUCGCGCAUCGUAGAAUAGCACAUAAGAUCCUGCGCGCGUGCAGCGAAGUCAAACCUUCAUCUUAAACAGACAAAAAUCCGUAGUCACUCACAAGUUCUGGCGCUGCCUGGAAAGCAUUUUCAUCAUUAUCUCACAUAAAACUCAUCAAAGGUUUAUACUAUUCUCUAUCACUGUUUUCCGGUGUACGGCAACUUAUUAGUGCUUAGGGGUACUUGAGAUAUCGCCCAUGGAAGCCAUAUACAGUUUGACUGGCUUCUACAACAGUUAUAGAUUCCCAGAAAUAUAUUAGCAAGCUGACUUCGUGUGAAAAAUUGUCCCCUUUAGGACUUCUUCAGAAGGAAGCGCCAUGCAUUUUACCGGUACUCGCUUGUGUAUUGGUACUCGUCUUGGCAGUUCUAGACAAUUUAGAGAUUUCUUUCUCAACCCCUGCAGUUUCGCUCACAUAAUUGGUACCGUCAUUGUUAUUGACCGUCAGUUAAGGAUUCUUCCACCGUUGUCGUUGCAAGCAAUUCAACGUUAAGGUUGCGUCCUGUAGAAUGCCUUCUGAGGAACAGAUCAAUUCACAUUUACGAAUUGAAGUGUAGGGCGCGACGAAGACAACAAACAAAAGGGAGAGUACACAUACACGAAGUGUGUGUGUACUCUCGCACUUCUUACGCUUCAAUUAUGCUGAACCAACACGCCCAGUCGGUCAUUCUUACACAUUUACGACUCACGAAAUAAUAUUAUAGUAAUAGCAAGCGCAUCGAUAGAAGUUGCACGAAGUUCAUCGACUGUGUGGCAGCCGGCAGGUAUACUGGCUUGCUCGAAAUGCUGAAGGAAAGUCUAGUUAAAGUAGUCAUUAUCGUAGAGCUGCUACCCACAUCUUUGUACGAAGUAUCUAACCAUUCGGUGAAAACAAAAUGAAGUUUCCAUCAGAAAGCUGCUACGGUCCACAUAAUGCAAAGCAUUGACCGGAAAAUGAGUUAUCGAUAAUGUGGUUCCUGUCUACGUCUGGUAAGGUUGGCGUCGCUAUCAUUGCCCUGACGAGUAACAAACUGUUAUUUCACUUCCCUUCAUAACACAUUGUCGCGAAGGUAAGUGAUGGUGUUGAAGCGUUGGCCCAAGGCUUCCGAUUCACUUGUUAAGUCAGCAUUUAUCGAAUAGGCUCAAAGAUACAUAUUUCUUGAUAAUUUUAUGACUAGAAUGUCUAUGAGAACGAUGCACGUAGAAAGUAAAAAAGAAAAAAAAUGCCUAAGAAGGUUCUGCGAACUGUGAGAAUCGAUCCUGGAGAGACAAGAAAUGACAACCAAAACAGCACAGUAAGGACAGCAUUCAGAAGAACUGUUACAAGAACGAACUGGAGUAACAAAGGCAGUAUGGAAAUACAAUGCUUAGCCAGUUGGGGGCGUUAAGACUACACAUUUCCUCAGGAAGAACUAGCCUGUGGACAAUCCAUUUUCUGUGUGAGCGUGCUCCCGGUGUGACACUUGUGCUUUGAACAGUGCAGAUGGUUCUUAGAAAAGUGAAUACUGGACGUAAUCAGCUGGGCUUGAACAACGUAAAGUGUGGGAUUUGAUUGUUGAACGUCUUACGCUUGACGCACCACCUCGAUUCCUAAACAUGAGUGGUCGCACGCCUCUAGUCCGAAGUGGCCAUUGCGUUUCACUGAGUACUCGCACAUCUUCUCUGAAUGAAAAUUUGGUUAUAGCGUGAUGUCCGGCGUCUACUCGAAUCGACUGAAGUGAAUAUGUGUCGACUAUGAAGUUAUCUUCAGUAGAGAGUCACCGAAGAACAGCAUAUUCUUCAGCGUGGAAGCGACACUGCCUAAGAUGGCCUUGGUGGAGUCGAAAAACACCCUCGAAUCGUUGUUCAUGUGUGAAUGCGAACGUUAGCAAAGAACCAGCUUUUCGGCAAGUGAACUUCUCUCCAUAAGGGCUGAAGGAUGAAAACCAUCGCAAUCACUUGAAGGGGUGAUGAACCACUCGUAAGGCGUGGGGAAAAAACACUUCCUGUAGAAAGCUGACACUACUGCGAACAGCUCAGCCAAACCUUACAGUCAUGAGCGGCAAAUGAUGUUUAGAAGCUGCGCGCAAAGUAGUGAUUUUCUUAGGCGCUCUGUUUUCAUACAGAGGCAUGUGCUCAUUCUUUUUGAAUCUGCCGGCGCCUGCUGUUCGACGUCACCCAACAGAUAGCAUGCUAUUGGCCAAUGGGCGACAUAAAUCAGGAGCGGCCUCUGGAUCAGAUACCUUUCUUGCCACGGCGUUAUUAUUAAGACCACGUGCCGACGCGGUGCUCUUUAUUGUGCUAAAAUUACACAGUAGCCAAACAAGCGCGCAAAAGAAUCGCGAUAGAGGGCGAUCGUGCUUCAUCAAGCGCGCUCAGGGACAGGACACGUGCUGACGUAACUUCUUUCCCGGGCCAUCCGUUCCUGUUUAGAUUCUAGUGCACUCGUCGACCCGAGAGGAGGAGAAAGCACUUAAAGCGUGCGACAACUCCACGUAACUCCGCUCGUUCUUUACGGAUUCGGAAGAUUUUUGCGGUAGUACAUUUGUCAGACAAUGAACUCCAAUACGGAAUUAGUCCGAUUAUUUCUCGGAAAAGUGAUACAGGAUGCUUUAAGGCUAUCGAACUGAAGUACUGCAUUCCUUGACUCCACCGAGUGUCACUUCUGCGUGGAAGGAGACGUAGGUUCAGUACAGUUUUCUGCGAUUUCCUGCAAUACGCUCUUUGAGAGGCAUACAAGUGCGUUCGAGUGGGUGCCGAGGGUACCGUGUUACACUCUGUUCGGGAGAAUCUGCAGCGAGUCACUGAAACAUGGCGGUUACUUCAUCUUGAAAGCGGCACUGCAAUCCACCUUCCUGGAACUGAUGUGAAGCUUCAGUGGAAGCCUAACCAAGAUUACUUCGUCAAAAUGUCGUCUCGGAACUCAGAGUGUCUUGUUCGUCCAGUGUUUGAACUCGCACACGCUUCAGGAACGAGGUUGAUGUGCUUGCGUCAAAUUAAAAGAAUGUACACGCCAGGACACGUCGAAGUGAGAAUGUUUGAACUCGUCCAGUGCGGAGCCGUUGUCUGAUUACGAUAACGAAAGAAGAACAAACGCGUGUAUGUGAGAGUGCUGUUUGCGUGUGUACAAUAAAGAAGCGAUCGAUAAUAGGUACAGAGGCU